UUCGUUAUAGCAGUUUGCGUCUGUGCGAGGGCGUGCGGAGACGUGCGUGUUUGCGCUAGCGUAUCGCAUAACAGAAACUUCUAGAAUCGGACGCGUUCCAUUAUUGUAUUUUUAUAUAAAUUAUCAACAAUGUCGAGCCACGUUAGUAUGGAAUGGAAAACAGAUACAAUAUUCCAAUUUUUAAAUCUAUAUCAAAAAGAACCAUCACUAUGGAACACGACGUCUAUGGAACAUAAGAAUAAAGAUGACACUUACGACGCGUGGAACAGGAUCAAACAGCAAUUAGGAGAUAGGAAUAUACCUAUCAAAGAAAUUAAAAGGAAGAGAGACAAUUUAAUGUCUACGUACAGGAGAUUGAGAGGUAAAGUCGAAAAGUCUAGAUUGACAGCCGGAGAAGAGGAAAUAUACAAACCAGACUGGCCCUUCUAUAACUUUAUGGCGACGUUUCUUGACGAUAUGUAUAAUCCGAGAAAAUUGCCAUGUCCCGACGUAAGUAUUUCUUCUAUUACAACAUUUAUUAAAGAUGAUUCUAAUUCAGAAUUUAAUGAAGAAGAAUGUUUUAAAAAAGAAACGGUGACAGCACCGAAAACACCUAAGCGACGAAAGAUACAAAGUUCUGAUAAUCAUAAAAUUGAAGACAGCGAUUGUUUAAAACAAGUAAAUAAAAAAAAUGAUCCAGACUUAGAAGAAUGUAUUCUAUAUACUCAAUUGUUAUGCAAAAAGCUGAGAACAUUAAAAGAGAGUACGCGAGAGAUAGCAAUGCUGGAAAUUGAUAGAUAUAUUUACAAUUUAAAACAACAAGAAAAGUCAAAUUUGGUUCUAGUUCCGCCAACGUUAAUGCCUGUUGAAGGACAAUAUUCGCCGAGAUAUCACCUGUCGCCGCGUUCUGAGUAUUCGUCAGUAUCACAGCAGUCCCCAGAAUAUAAGCCAGAAUUCUCAAUAAAUCUGUCACCAUAUCCUAUCAAUUCUUCUCACCAACAGUCCGAGGAACAGUCCAACGAAUCGCAACCAACAUCAGGCUCAGAAAAUUCUCAUUUACCAUCGUGACCUGGACGGGAAUUAGGACUCGAGACACUUAUAUUUUUGAAUAAAUUUUUAACACUA